CCGACCGCGCACCAGCGCCCAAACCAGGUUCUCCGCAGCGGCUUUUCAGAGCGAGCUCUCCAAAUCCGCAUCCACACUCUGAGGCCGAAAGAGGGAGGACUUGCGAAAGCUGCGACUAUCCCCCCAAGACCAUGGACUCGGACGCCAGCUUGGUGUCCAGCCGCCCAUCGUCGCCGGAGCCGGAUGACCUUUUCCUGCCAGCCCGGAGUAAGAGCAGUAGCGGCAGCGGGUUCACGGGGGGCACCGUGUCCUCGUCCACGCCGAGCGACUGCCCGCCAGAGCUGAGCGCCGCGGAGCUGCGUGGCGCCAUAGGCGCGGCCAGCGCGCACCCCGGGGACAAGCUGGGCGGCGGUGGCUUCAAGUCAUCUUCAUCUAGCACCUCGUCGUCCACCUCGUCAGCGGCCGCGUCGUCUACCAAGAAGGACAAGAAGCAGAUGACCGAGCCAGAGCUGCAGCAACUGCGCCUCAAGAUCAACAGCCGCGAGCGCAAGCGCAUGCACGACCUCAACAUCGCCAUGGACGGGCUGCGCGAGGUCAUGCCGUACGCGCACGGCCCGUCUGUGCGGAAGCUCUCCAAGAUCGCCACGCUGCUGUUGGCGCGCAACUACAUCCUCAUGCUCACCAACUCGCUAGAGGAGAUGAAGCGACUGGUGAGCGAGAUCUACGGCGGCCACCACGCCGGCGGGGGCGGCGGCAGCGGGGGCAGCGGGGGCUUCCAGCACUGGGGCGGCAUGCCCUGCCCUUGCAGCAUGUGCCAGGUGCCGCCGCCCCAUCACCACGUGUCGGCCCUGGGCGCAGGCAGCCUGCCGCGCCUCACCUCCGAUGCCAAGUGAGCCGGCCGCGCAGAAGGGCUUUGGCGAGCAGGGGGCCAGAAGGCCGCGGGGAAGCGAGGACUGUCCGGCGCUGGGGCUUGGGAGUUCUUGUUUUGAGCAGGACCAUGGACUAGGGGUGGGAGAUGGUGGGGAUUCCGGCACCCCAAAAUCGAAGCGAACGCAGAGCAGUGGGGAGCGAGAAGGGGCAAUCGCUCUGAGACCUGAUGGAGCCCUCUGCGGCUUUAAACUGUGCUAGGCCAGGAAACACCAUUUUAUAAAAGGCAUCGCGUUGUGCGUCCUUCACUCCAACUGUCCUCCUCACGCCCCCAAGACCCCAUUCCCGGGAAAGACUCCAAACUAGUUUAUCCGAGAGCACCACCUGACUCCGGGACUCUGCUAAGGCACUUGGAGGGAGGGGGCACAUUGGGGCCUUUUCCUUCCUCCGUUCUUGGGCCGUAGGAAAUUUUGGAGAGCCCAGUUGCAGAAGAGACCCUGGGCCUCUCAGGGACGAUGUGUUCGUUGAAAGCCGGUAUUUGGCACCAGAAGCACUUAAGAUCGUGCCCAACCUUGAUCUCUGGGUAAACCCACACGGUCUAAGACUGUGAGUGGUCCUCCCUGUCUCUCCUGUUGAUUUGGGGGUUCGUGGUUUUCUAAUAAAUCCGUGGCUGUUCCUUUUCAGCAGAAUGAGCCAGCUUUAUAGACACUCAGAAUUGAACCACUUGUGGAUUGGAACGCCCUGAACUGCCAAUUUGGGGAGCGAGUUUUUUUUAAAGCUAUUUUAAAAUAGAAAUUAUACUCCCCAUUCUUUCCACCCCUGAGCACAAAGUGAUUUGGUUUCUUUCCUGAUUGGGGGCAGUCAUUUUGGUACCCAAGGGCUUGACAGAACUGAAAGGCAGUUGCUGUGAAUAUAAUGUGAGUUAUUUGGGGGGUUCUGUUGGCUGUUUAAAAUUUUCCUUCUUGAACGUGUACAUAUAAUGUCAGUGGUGAGGUGAGUGCACAUGCUAUUUGCUCACGUGACUGCCAGCCCACCGGGGUAUAAACCGGUUUCCCUCUAUAUCGGUUUCUUUUUGCCAUGUUUAACACAAACGGCGAACUUCCCCACGUGCUUCUGCGUCCGUCCGCACACUGCCGGGCGCGGCCUGUGUUGCAAUUCUGGCUUGGGAGCGGCGCGGUGUAACGUCCCCCUGUGUUCUGCCCCUCGCAGAGUGUAUCAUCUGUUUUAUUUUUGUAAAAAAA